AUGAUGGAGUAUAAAUGGGACAGUAGCCAUCACCAGGCACACUCUCAGUCGCUCCGACUCGGGAACCAGGGCAUCAGCGGAGAUAAGGCUUUACUUCUACGUCUUAGGCUAACUCGCUUUGGGCUUUGGUUCAGGAUGGAAACCUCUCCUAUUUCUCGGAGCCGACGAUGCUCCAUCAUGCGCAACUGCAAAAGCGGUCUCUCCCUCUGGCUGGUGGUGUGGCUGGUCCUCGGCAAGCCAAGUCCGGCAUCGGCAUGCCCGCACCUGUGCGUGUGCUACCCGACGCCCAUGACUGUGAGCUGCCAGGCGCAGAACUUCACCGCCGUCCCAGUAGGAGUGCCCUAUGAGUCGCAGCGCGUAUUCCUCCAGAACAACCGGAUCACGGAGCUUAGAGUUGGCUCUUUUGGCUUCGGAACUCAGGUUCUGUGGCUGUUCUCCAACAACAUCACAUGGAUUGAGGCAGGGGCCUUCAGUGAGCUGAGGGACUUGGAGGAGUUGGACCUCGGGGACAACCCUAACCUUCAUAGACUGGAAGGGGGAGCCUUCCGGGGACUCGAGAAACUCCAGAGCCUCCACAUGCACCGCUGCCGGCUCACUGCCCUGCCCCAUGACAUCUUUCACAAGCUGUACAGCCUGCAGUUUCUUUACCUGCAGGAGAAUAAUAUCCACUUCUUGCAGGAUGACAUCUUUUCUGACCUCAUUAACUUGAGUCAGCUGUUCCUGCAUGGCAACCGUAUCCGCACCCUUUCAGAGAACGUGUUCCGUGGCUUGGUCAACCUCGAUCGCCUUCUCCUGCACGACAACCGCGUAAGGCAGGUGAACCGUCGCGCCUUCCGCGACCUCGGCCGCCUGACCAUGCUCUUCCUGUUCAACAACUCCCUGGCUGAGCUGCACAGCCAGACCCUGAGAGAUACCCAGGGCAUCGAGUUCCUCCGCCUCAAUGCCAACCCUUGGUCCUGCGGCUGUGAGGCCCGUGCCCUGUGGGAGUGGUUCCGUGAGGCCCGUGUCUCCUCAUCUGAGGUGAUCUGUGCAUCCCCUUCCACCCGCCGUGGUCAGGACCUCCGCUUCCUUCGUGAGAUGGAUUUCGCCCUCUGCCCCCUGCCCGACCCUGGCUCCAUUGCUGGCUCCACCACGACCACCUUCAGCACCAAGACCCGCUGGUGGUUCCACAAGAACAAGCCCCAGUCAUCGACAAAAGGCAUCUUCGAAAAGGCCUCAGAGACUGUCAAAGCUGGUUUGUACGGGAAAGGCCCAUCUACAACCACCUCAGUAGUCAAGUACGAGCUGGGAGAGGAAGAGUUGGCGCUGCCCAAGCUUGAUCCAGAAGAGUACUGGGCAAACUAUGGCAAUGAGGACUCAGGUGUGACUCUGCGGUGCUUUGAACUCGAGUGUCCACCUGAUUUUGACAUGCCUCCCUCCUCCUCCUCUUCCAGACUCUCCUCGGCCUCUUUCCUUUCGCUACUAGCCCUUUCAGUUGUCACCCUCUGCCUCAACCUCCACCUGCUAUUUGGCUGAAUUUUGGCUCUUAGUACCCCACCCCUUUUCCCUUCCAGCCUGUUUUAAAGGCUGCUGGGACCCCUGUUAGACUCUCUACACCCCCUUUGCCCACUCUGCUGUAAGCAAAUCCUCAAGGCACAGCAAGGGAGAUAGGGGGGCGGUUAGAUUUAAAAUCUACCACACAGGGCUUAACACUUUUCAGAGCUGCUAAGCUCAUUUAUAUCUACAGUGCUCUACAGGUGUAGCUUUCUAUGUCUUACCUGUAGGAUGUCAUGUUAUCAUUCCCUGCAAUCAGGGUUACGAGGGCUGAGUCCAUCUCUAAUAUGAACACAAUUUGAUAGCAGUUGUGAACGAUGUUGUCAAUUUGUCACCUCGACUUUGUGCUAUUAGUGCAUCCGAUUAACUGGUUGCUACAAAUACUACAAUUACUGUUAGAAUCCGUGCACAGUAAUGACUAUACUGUAACCACUUAAAGUGUCAUGUAAAUAGGUAUGUAUUUUGUGAUAUCUGUGGAUAGGCGCAAUCACUUUCAUCUUGAUCCACAAAAACUGUGAAAGCUUGAGCUUCUACAAGACAGAGCACUAUGCAUAGCGAGGACGAGGGUUUACCGAGGGAGAGAGAGAGAGAGAGAGAGCGAAAGACGAGAGGAAAACAUACUGUGAAGCUGAGAAGGAGAGAAAGGAAAGGAAAAAAUGGAAAAUCGAGGGGAAAAAAAAGAAAGGGCGUCAAGGAAGAUGACAGCGACAGCGACAGGAGGCACUGUGAAGAAACAGGGCUAGAACGGAGAAGAGAAUAAGAGAGAAAGCUAGAGACGAGUGUUCAUGCAGCAAUAAGAAGCAGAGAACAGCGAGACAAGGGAAGGACAGUGCUGGCAGUAGAAGCAACAAUCUGCAGGAGAGUAAGUAAUAAAUCUACUCAUCAGUAGUUGUUUCGUCCAUCAAACUCACAUCCAUCCCCCAUUAUCUGUAAAUACAGUGUUGUUUUGCGACAACCACAGAGAACGAAUGCUUCCUGUCAGGAAGCCAGAGAUUUUGCUUUUUGGAUGUCUUUCUGUGACAUAUUGAUAUAAUGUGUGAUGAUUGUUGACUUGGAUGCAGAUGAGACCUUGAUAAAAAAAGAUACACUGAAACUUUCCCGAAUUAUACUUUUCUUUGUGGCAGAAUGUGUUUUAAAUGAAGGGGUUUCAAAGUGCUCUACAAAUUUAGGACAAAAUGUGUCAAGAACCCAAACAAAAAUCAAACCAAAAAGCAACAGAUUGCGCCCGUGUGACUGAACUAUGACUGACUAAUGUGACUACAGUAGACCGGCCACGAAGGACUGGCCACAUGGAAAGACUCUGCCACCGACGGGCAUCUGUGUGCUUGUGUGGAUGAAUGGAUUCACAAGUUGGCAAUGUUGCAAAAGGCAAAUACGUCACUAGAUUUAUCACUUCUCUGACUCAACAAUGGGCAUUGCCAAAUGGACAGACGAUGUGCAAAUUGGCUGCUUUGUAAAUACACUAAGAGAGCAAUGAGGGAGUCCACAGCCAAACAGAGCAAGAGAUAAAUUAAGACUGACAAGACUGAUGUGCAGACAAACUCAUGUCAAGAGACAGAGGAAUGGCUUUAUUAGUCAAACCUAUAGUCAAUGCUGAGGCGGCAAAAGUCAGGACAAAAAAAAAAGCAGGGGAAGGAGGAAGUGGCCAAACAUAGGCAUGCACUCAAUAUCCUUUACAAGUGUUUGUUAAGACGGAUGUGUCUUAAAAGCAGAUUUCCAUAUAACACUCUUCACGUAAACCUGUUUGAUUUUUUCCCCUCACAGUUGGCUUCUUUAUUUCACAGUUUCCCUGAAGCUCUUUCUGACUCUCAGGGACACAGAAAGGUGUGGAGAAGAAGACCUCUAGCUCUAAUAGAGAUGACUAGGGCAAGGCCAACAUGUGGGAGGGAAAGAGUGGGAGGUAAUCUUAGUGACACACACAGAUACUAUGAAAAAGAUGCUUCGCCUUCAAAAGGGUUCUCUUCUGGCUGAGAGCAGUUGCAGUAAAUAACCACCUUCUGGGACAAUUUUGCCAGCAGAGAUCUUUAUUUAGAGUGACACGGGAAAGAUUCAGUGUCAUCUUGUUUGUUUGGUCUCAUCACGUCUUAUGGAGGAGGUCAAACUGAGCAAGGGUGCUCUUCAGUGGCCAUGACAGUGAGGUCACUGUCAGACGACCAAAGUGCCAGUUAUACCAUUAAUCCCACUUUCUUUGUUUAGUCUCUCAGACUGCAUGUUCUCUGUUUUAUAACUCAGAAAGAAAUACUAAUUCUUUACGAUGGAUUGGCUGAUUUGUUAUUUAUUUUUAUUGUAAAAGAAAAAAUAUGUUCUCGAAAGGUGCAGCAAAAAGAAAGAAUAAAUUCCUACUUGUUUAACAAAG